UUUCCAAAUAAAACAGUAGCCCAAGUUGCCUGCAGUAUGCUGAACAUGCUGUUACAUUAUGUACAUAGACUUCAAGUGUAUCAAGCUGAUUCACCUUUAAGAAUUAUACAAAUUCUCAUAGCAACUAUUACCCAUCUGCUACCCAGUACAGAAGCUUCCUCUUAUGAACAGGACAAGAGGUUGGUGGUUUCUUUACUUCUUUGCUUAUUGGAUUGGAUAAUGGCCUUGCCAUUAAAGACCUUGUUGCAGCCUCUUCACGCUACAGGAGCAGAAAAUGAUAAGACUGAAAGAUCCGUUCUUAAUUGUAUAUAUAAGGUUCUGCAUGGAUGUGUCUACGGAUCUCAGUGUUUUAGCAAUCCUAAAUAUUUUCCUCUAAGCCUUUCUGAUUUGGCAUGUGUGGAUUACGAUCCUUUUAUGCAUUUAGAAAGCUUGAAGGAACCAGAACCACUACAUUCUCCAGACUCAGAGAGGUCUUCUAAACUUCAGCCGGUCACAGAAGUGAAAACUCACAUGCAGCAAGGAUUAAUUUCUGUUGCUGCUCGUACUGUCAUAACACAUCUAGUCAACCACUUAGGCCACUAUCCUAUGAGUGGAGGUCCUGCUAUGCUAACCAGUCAAGUGUGUGAAAACAAUGACAAUCCAUACAGUGAAAGUCCUGAACUUUCUCCUGAACUCUUUGAGAACCCAAACCUUCAAUUUUUUGUGUUAAACAAUACUUCCCUGGUGUCUUGCAUACAAAUCCAAGCAGAAGAUGACAUGCCAGGGGGAGGACUGUCUGCUGGACUUGCAUCUGCUAAUUCAAAUGUUAGAAUUAUAGUGCGUGAUCUAUCUGGCAAAUACUCCUGGGAUUCAGCCAUUUUGUAUGGACCAUCACCUUUAUGUGGGUCUUCACAACAAACAUCUUUUGCACUUUCAUUAUCACAACAAGAUACAACAGAAGAUGCUCUUUCAUCUUUUGAGCACGUGGAGGAUGUAUCUGCAAGGGAUGGAAUUGCACUCCAAGUAAAAAGGAAAUUCAGAGACACUGUACCAACAUGGGAUACAAUUAGGGAUGAGGAAGACGCCCUUGAUGAGCUCCUGCAGUACUUAGGAGUUACAAGCCCUGAAUGCUUACAGAGAACUGGUGUCUCACUCAACAUUCCUGCCCCUCAACCAGUCUGCAUCUCAGAGAAGCAGGAGAACGAUGUCAUCAAUGCAAUCCUGAAACAACACACAGAAGAGAGGGAGUUUGUUGAAAAGCAUUUCAAUGAUUUAAAUAUGAGGGCUAUGGAGCAGGACGAGCCAACCUCACAAAAGCCCCAGUCAGCAUUUUACUACUGCAGAUUACUUCUCAGUAUACUGGGAAUGAAUUCUUGGGAUAAAAGAAGGAGCUUUCAUCUCCUGAAGAAAAACGAGAAGUUACUUCGAGAACUCAGAAAUUUGGACUCAAGACAAUGCCGAGAGACACACAAGAUCGCAGUGUUUUAUGUUGCUGAAGGACAAGAAGAUAAACACUCCAUUCUUACUAAUACUGGGGGGAGUCAAGCCUAUGAGGAUUUUGUAGCUGGUCUUGGCUGGGAGGUAAAUCUCACAAACCAUUGUGGCUUUAUGGGAGGACUGCAAAAAAACAAAAGCACUGGACUGACCACUCCUUAUUUUGCUACCUCGACAGUAGAAGUAAUGUUCCAUGUGUCAACAAGGAUGCCUUCUGAUUCAGAUGACUCUCUAACAAAAAAGCUAAGACAUUUAGGAAAUGAUGAAGUACACAUUGUCUGGUCAGAGCAUACUCGAGAUUAUAGAAGAGGAAUAAUUCCAACAGAGUUUGGUGAUGUUCUUAUAGUUAUUUAUCCCAUGAAAAACCAUAUGUUCAGUAUCCAGAUCAUGAAAAAGCCUGAGGUUCCAUUUUUUGGUCCACUCUUUGAUGGUGCUAUUGUGAAUGGAAAAAUUCUUCCUAUUAUGGUUCGUGCAACAGCGAUAAAUGCAAGCCGUGCAUUGAAAUCAUUAAUCCCAUUAUACCAAAACUUUUAUGAGGAGAGAGCACGGUACCUGCAAACAAUUGUUCAACAUCAUCUAGAGCCUACAACUUUUGAGGAUUUUGCUGCUCAGGUUUUCUGUCCAGCUCCUUACCACCAUUUGCCCUUGGAGACAGGCUUCUGCCCAGAGACUCAGCUGGGAGAAACUCCAGCAGCAGCAACAGCACAGGUGGAUGGAACAGACUUAGCCUCUCCAAUGUCUCCUCGAACUAGCAAGAGCCGCAUGUCCAUGAAACUGCGUCGCUCCUCUGGCUCAGCCAACAAGUCCUAA